AUUGACUCCGCGAUUGUGUGUGCGGUGUGUCGCGAGAGCGAGCGCGCGCGAGAGAGAGUUCGUCUCGUGUCCCGUGCAGUUAGGCGGCGAUGCUCCUUUAAAAAAGUGGAGUGCUCCCCGAGUGCGCGCGCGAGUGAGAUAAACUACUGUCUCCCGAGAAGAGAGAGAGAGAGAGAGAGGGAAAGAGUCGAGAGAAUCGAGAGAGUGCCGUAUAAUCGUAGUAAGGUGCGUAAGUCACGUUGCGCGCGGAUAGACGGAUAGUACGAUCCCGUGACGACGACGAGGACGACGGCGGACGACGACAGGACGAUCCGCAGCGGAGGAAAUAUGCUGCCGACGAGCACGCUGCUCUGCGGGCUGCUGGCCCUGUGCGUCGGGCUCACCCACGCGAGCAUCGCGUCCGCCUUCGAGUCGACACCUUCGACCUCCUACGGCAACGAUCAUGGUGGAGUUCCACGACUGGAUCUGGAAAGUCUCGAGAGCGGAUAUCAUGGCCUGGUCAAGGAAAACGAAACUCUGGUCGAGGUCACGCCGCAGAUCCGCGCCCUGGGAACGAAAAUUUGCUCCUUCCGCAUCGCGAACAAGCAUCACGGCGAGGCGCCGUUCGAGAUUGUCCUGAAGGAGAAAGGAAUGGCCGAGCUGCGAGCGUUUCGGGUCCUGAAUUGCGAAAAACGCCGCAAUUAUAAGUUCGACAUCGCCGCGGUAGGCUGUAAUGGAGCGCAAUCCGAGAACGCCACCGUUCACAUUACCGUGGUUGAUGUCAAUGAGUACGCGCCACAAUUCCUUCAACCAGCCUACGUCAGCACCGUGGACGAGGGUCGUCUCUACGAGGAGGUGGUCCGCGUCGAGGCGUCCGACCGGGAUUGCACGCCCAAGUUUGGCGACGUCUGCAAGUACGAGAUCCUCACCGCCGAUCAGCCGUUCAUCAUCGACAACGAGGGCGCCAUUCGCAACACCGAACCCCUGGACUACGAACGUUCGCACAAUUAUAUACUCAGCGUGGUCGCGUACGACUGCGGCAUGAAACAAUCGGCGCCGGCGAUGGUGACGGUCAAGGUGAAUCGCGUGUGCGCACCUGGGUGGCGCGGCAUCCCCGAGAGAGUCGACUAUGCCGCGGGAGUCGGUUCGCAGCCUCUGUUACCUUCGGCGCGACUCGACCUCUGCGACGCGCCCUGCAUCCUGCGAAACGUACGAGCCACCUUGACUCUGGCCACCGAUCACAUCGGCAAGGGUUGCGAUCGCGACACUUACGGAGUACGCAGUCAGCGGAAAUUAUGCGGCGCCUCGCGGGAUAGCGUGGACCUGUUGCCCACACCCGGACCCACAAGCUCGUGGACGGCGUCCCUGUCCAGGGAUGAAGGUAGAGAAGCCGACGAGAUCUUUGAGUUUGACGGCGUCGACUCGGCAGCGAUUGUGCCGAAUGACGUGCUGGAGCAUAGCUUGGCGCAGAAAUUCACCAUCGGCGUCUGGGUCAAGCAUCGACCACGUCCACGACAAGAUCCGCACGUCAAGGAGCAUAUUCUGUGCGCUGCUGAUGAUCACAAGAUGAAUAGGCACCAUUACGCCCUGUUCAUAAGGAACUGCAGAUUGAUUUUGCUGCUGCGACGCGACUUCUCCGAGGGCGAUCCUAAUAUCUUCCGCGCUGCCGAGUGGCGUUGGAAGCUCGGCCAGGUAUGCGACGAUAAGUGGCAUCACUAUGCGAUUCAGGUGGACUUCCCGCGUGUUAAUCUUUACGUCGACGGCGAGGAAUGGCACGCUGAUGAGAAGAAUCCCGAGGUUAUCGACGAUUGGCCUCUACACCCGGCCAAAGGCGUCAACACCACCCUGGUAGUCGGCGCGUGCUGGCAAGGUUCCGAGAACAAGACUAAACAUCAUUUCCGCGGUUACCUCGCCGGUCUCUCCGUCUUAGUUGGAAGAAACGAGAAACCGGAAGUGCUCUCCUGUCUGCGACGUUGUCAAGAGGGCAUCCACGUGCCGCCCAUGGAUCUCUUACAACCGGGCACUCAGCUGCUAACUAAUUCUGACCUGACCGAGGUGCGCAUUGAUGGCGACAAUCGCACGAAUGUGGAGAUCCUGCUGCGUCGUAUUGGCUAUUCCAACACUCGGCGUUUCCCGACGCCCGGUCGCCGUAACUUCCGUCUUGAUACGACAAUCGUUUGCGAGGGCAGUGAGAACACGCCUCUACCGGUACCAACCGUUCAAUCCUACGUCACCGUACUGCCACCUCCUCGACCGGGUAUCACCGUCAACGGCACCGGUUAUGUCGCCAGAGAAUAUGCAGACUUCCGGCUGGGAGUGCGGGUAUUUCCAGACGCGCGCGUCACCGCUGGAUCGGCUGCCCGAUUAGACGCCUGCGCUGUCAGCGUUUAUCCCAGCCUUAAUCCCGAUCAUGAAAGCCUAGGAUUACCCGGCGACGCCCUGCUCGCGUUCCACGACAUUUCCGCCCGCGUUGAUCGGGACGGUGUCGUUCUCUCGGGUGCAGAUUCGCCUUACAAUUAUCAGCAACUGAUCCGUCUCAUUAUGUACACAAAUCGCAAGCCGGCUUACUAUCUCGAUCGCGUCUUCAAGCUCACUUGCUCCGAGCUGAGCGGUCGCUUCGCCAGUAACGAAUAUGUGCAGACGCUGGCUGUGAUUCAUCCCAAGGAGAAGACGACUGUUCCACCGACACCCGCGGAACCGCCUAUUGCCAAAAUCGUGGAACCGGCUCCCGGUCAUGCGCAGCUUUCGCCGCAUCAUGCCGAUUUGACAGAGGAAUACGCUACAGCGGCGCUUCGCGAAGGCAGUAGAACUAUUGGUGGCACCGGUGGUGGUAGCCACGCUGUGACCAUCGUGGCCGCUGCUUGCAUCGGCUUUUUACUACUGAUGGCAGUAGUGGGCGCUGCGCGGGUCCGCGGAGCGGCUAAACGACGACGAUCCGCUGGUGACGAACUCGCCGCCGAGACAGAGAUGGCCUGGGACGACUCGGCCCUCGCCAUCACCGUGAAUCCGAUGGACAGGUUGACGGAGCACGAUCAACACCACCAGAGCCAGCGAGACGAGGACGUAGAUGACUCCGGCAGCUCCGAUUCCGAGGACGGCUCGUUCCGAGAUGACGAUCUCGACAGCUCCGACUGCGAAAACGAUUGCGAGCUUAGUAACGGCCGGCAUCGCCGUCACAAUUCGCCGCACGAUCUGGAAUGGGAUCAUCGUGACGUUUAAAUUACACUAUUAUCUCUACACUGAGCAUUCACAGCUCCCCCCUUUCUUCGAGGUUUUUGGCAUUGAGAAGAGUACUGGCCGCGUGCCGCUUUCUGCAAAAUUGCUCCACCAUUUUUCCACUACGUGCGCGACGCGUUUCGUGGAAGUAUUCAGCGAAGAAGAUUCUCCGCGACGUUUCUCAGCAAAUUUCGCGAGUUUACUCUGCGGGAGGAAAGAAUUUAUCAUUGUCUAAGGAUAUUUCUCGUCGAUUUGCGUCCGAAAGAUUGAUUGCUCGAAAUUCUCUUUUCGUGUAUCGAAUAUCACGACGCGUCGAAGACAUUAGAAUAUUUACUACGCUUUCGAAUCUUCAGAAUAUAUAGAGUACUAAGAUUUAACGUUCUAACGUGCUUUUAAUACCGCUCGAUCGAUUCUCUAAACGAUUAUUAUCCCUAUUUAAUGCGCGCGAAAGCGUUAUUGCAUUUUACAUCCGUCCCCCUUUCGUAGACGACGUCGAUAUAAUUAUUAAUGAAGUGACGAUAAAACACACACGGCAUUCAGUUAGUACUCGUCUGAAGCGCCAGGAAAAAUUUGUAAGAGUGCGGGACGCUUUAUCGAAUAGUUAAAACUCUUUCUACCUACGAACGCACGUCGAUGUUUGGUAGAAUCGGAAAUACACGCAGAAGAUACUUAAACAUUGCCGGGAAUGUAUUUACGACAAAAUUAUUAAUUUAUAUUCUUGAUAUAUCAUUGGUAGUAGAGUAGAACAAGGGGACUUCUUUUUUAUCCCUCCAACUCUAUCUUUUCUCCAUCUUAUUAUAUAUCCUACGAUUAUUGCUAUUUUAUUACUCGUACUAACUCUACGAUUAUAUCCAGCCACUUUAUAUCGAUAGUUGUUUUCGUUAUUAUUUUUACAGGCAGGAUAGCCGGUACUUUUAAAUGCGAAAUAGCGUUGAAGCAAUUAUAUUAUUCUUCCUUGUCUUAUCGACUAAAAAACUCUCUCUUAUCUAAGAUUCACAUGCAUUUGAUCUCAUGAUUGUAAUUUUCUUGCAAUAAUUGUGUCUUUCAUAUUUUGAUGAGAAGCGCUCGCGAGUUACGAGCUGAUAUAAAACUAAACCGGCGGCAAAACGCUCGUGGCAGUUACGAAGUAAGCUGAGAGCUGCUCGUUUCAGUAUAUAGCACGUGAGUCGGGCUGAGCCAUACGAUAACUUGCCCAAUUUUCCAUUUUUUAUUUUUAAGUCGUUACUCCUUCGAUAGUUUCUUUGCACACAAUUUUCGCUUCUUUUUCAUUGGAAAAAGAGAGGAAACGGUAGUAAGGACAUUGUCUCACCUGCAUCUUAUGAUAGUGCUUCAACGUCGUCAAAGUAUAUCGGUAUAGUAUCAUAUCCGUAUACAAUGUGUGCUCAUACGGAGAGGCGGCCGCUUAAUUAAUUAACAGAUGUACCGGCCACCUAGUUCGCGAAUACUCGGAGAAAAUGAAAUAUUCAACGAUAGAGUAUACACAACGCGAGAGAGCAGAUGCUUCAUAUGUUACGUAAUUUUCUUCCGAGGUAUAAAUAUUCAUUUUUAAUUAAUUAAAAUUAUUUGACACGUGAAGAAUCGGCUUAUACGCGAAUUUAUAUGUAAUCUUUCCUUCGCGUCGAAAAUUCUCUUCAUUCUCCAACAAGUAUUCGCGAAUUAACGGCACAUACCGUACGCAGGGGUUUUGUGCGCGCCACACGCACACACGUGCUCUAUAUAUACAUGCAUAUAUAUAUACAGUGUCCAUUCAUUAUUCUGCGGCGAGGGUCUCGUCUCGAGUAGACGAUUAUUCUAAAGUAAUGCGCAGCGGCUGGAGGAGCUAUCACGAGCGUGCUUCUCCCAUUUAUUUUCCCCAACCCAAGACGCGUCAUAUUGUGCAAUCGCUCUCUUUUCACAGAGGAAACUGAGUUUUACGUGCCUUUUAAGCAGUAGUAUAUUGAAUUCUCCGCUCCACGUCUCUAGGUAUUUUCAUAGCUAAUCUCAGGCCGCGGCGCGUUUUUUCUCAGUGGCCGCUCUAUAUUGUUGUUGGAAACUUUUCGCGAUACCGUGGCUCUCUCGGCGUGUACAGUUUAUUUGUACGAUUAUCGCGAUUACACGCUAUCGCGAAAAGUUUCGAUAUUGUAUUUUAGACGUUUACGGCUGUUAGGAGUUAAGGAUCGGACACGACGUCGUCGUGCUUUUGCCGGACGUGGUUUUCGCGCGACUUGCGGUCAUCGUCGUCGUCGUCGUCCGGCGAGCUGUCACGAGCUUCGACGUACAAUGCCUGUCGAUGCUUUCGUAUCGGAAAACGCGUCACACACGUGCAAUGAUUGCAGGGUACAUUAACUCUCCCUCUUUCUCUUUCGAAAUGGUAACACGACGACUGCGCAUUCGUACUCGCCGCGAAAUAAUGAACGGAUUCUCGUUUGUGUAUAUGUGGUGUGUGUGUGUGUUUUGCGUAAUAAUCUACUAGAACUAUACCGAAUCGUUUGUCGGAGACACUUACUAUUAGUACCGAUGAAGACUCGUGUACGGAUAUAUCUAUAUUCAUAUAGGGAACUAUAAUGAACAAUUUAUUUUUUCAACGAGCAUAUCAUAUCAUUUUUAUAAGGCGUCGAAAAAUCGUUUUUUGGGAAACCCUUUCGUCAACGAGCGGUCCCGCAAUCCGUGAUCGCGAAAGAAAAAAAAAAAAGAAACACACUUUAUGAAAUGCAAUUUCUUUCUCGUUGUCCGUGAUUCUCGAGAAACAAGUUUUCUUUUUUUUUCCUUGCCUCCAUUCUGAGAGGAAGAAAGGGGGGGCUAUUCUAUAACGAUAUACCCUCUCUUACGCAUUUCUCCGAUUCGCGCGAGAGCAGAUACGGAAUCCAGAUUGUUGUAAACGAGAAAAGUUCGGUGACUAUGUAUAAGAAAAAGAUAGGGACGCGUAUUGAUCGUUUAUCUGUUCCUGAUAACACCAGAUCGCAUAUAUAUAUAUGCGUAAAAUACCGGUGUGUGUACCGCUUGCUUUUAUACUAUUUUUCCUUUCUAGCAUUUUCCUAACGUGAUAUCAUUAUUGCAAGGCGCAAUCUAAUGGCGCGCGCAUGUAAUGUAUAAUCUCGUAUUUUAUAAAGAUCUAUAACACAAAACACAGUGUGAAGGUAUCGAUAAAAUUCCACCAAGACACUCGACUUCCAAAUGGAAGUUUUCGAAAGACUCGAUAGAAAAUCGAGAAAGGAUCUGGCCUUUACGACUGUGUCUAAAUUAGCUUACGUAAAUGUACACACGUGUUUGUAUGCUUAAUCUUCAAGCAUGAACAUUCGUAAACGCACGGUGAAUUAUAUAGUUUGGGAGAUAUGGGAUUCCUGUUUCGUUUGGUCGUCGUACGCGAUAUAUAUACUUGAUCAUCGUAAUGACUACAUAAACCUUCUUCGAGUGCACGAGAUGUCGAGGUGACGAAGCUAAAAGAGCGUGAAAAGUUCGGUAUGAAGAGAAGAUAUCUCGCAAAAAAAUAAUUUUUUUAACAUACAUGCGACAAGCAUGUAUGUAGGGUAUCCCCUUUUUUUACACAAGUUAGUUUUAUGUUGAUUUUAAGGAUGUUUUCACUGUACAAUAGAAGCAAAAAACUGUCAAAAUUAAAAAAAGAAAAAAAUUUCUUACGUCUAUACUGCUUGAAAAAUCAAAUGAAUCCGGAUUAUAAAAAGAAUUAAAGUAUCACAAAAUUAUUAUUAAUUGCAACUAUUAUUAAUUGUUGUUAUUAAUUGUAACUAAUUAUUAAUUGCAACUAUUUUUUUCUAUGAAGACGUUACGUAAUCAUAUUUCAUAAUAUGAUUACGUAACGUCUUCAUAAAAGAAAAUAGUUGCAAUUAAUAUUAUUUCGUGAUUACUCCCUGAAAUUAAUUGUAAAAAACAAAAUAAAAAAAAAACGAGUAAUUUUCCAUUAGAAUCAAUACUAACUUUAAACUCAAAUAAUUUCCAAACCGUUAAGAGAAUCGUGCUCAGGCUUUGCAUAGAUAUUCAGAAGAAAUUAGAACAGUCUACGAAAUUUUCAUGCUUUUAUCAAUAUUUUGACAUGUGACAUCCUUAACUUCUCUCUUCUAUUUUACCUGUCACUUGAAACACUUAUGAUUCAGAGAUCUUUACUUAUAUUUCUAAAAAGUAUCUUCUAUUUACUCAAAUAACAAUAUCUCUCUUUCUCUUUUCUACAAUUAGUCUUGAUACACGAAUGUUUUGAAAUUAGCAGUAAUAUGUGUGUGUGAAAGAAUGUAUUACUUGAUAUCGAUAUUAUACUUCGGUUGUCUGUAAAAGUCGAAUUAUUAUAAAGGAAGAUAUAUGUGAUAAGAUAUUUAUAAUUUGAAUAUCGUAAAAUAUAAGGGGCGCCCUAAUCCAUGCGGAUAUCUUUUCGGAAAGAAAUAUCGAAAAACCAGAAAUCUCAUUCAAUCGAUAAUCAAGAAAUUAUUAAGACGAAAAAGCGAUUCGUAAAAUUAAUCGGGUGCGCCCGCUCUAAAUAUAUGUACUUAAUUACUAAUUAACAAAAAAAAAGAACACACUACGCAGAAUAAAACCAACUAGAAGAUACUAUAUGAUAUAUAUACAUAAAAAAAAAGGAUAUAUAUCUAAGCUGUUUGCAAAUGAUGACGAUAUAAAGGGGAAAAGAGGGAAAAGAGGAAGGAAAGGGAAAUGAAUUUGUAACGUACCAUUGUAUUUUGUAGGCAGCUAGAGAGAGCGUGUACGUAUACAUAUGCACAGGUAAACCCCCCGUGCAUGCAUGUAUGUAUGUUUACGUAUAUAAAUAUACAUACACUCUACCCUCUUGUCUCACUUAUACACGCAUACACGUAUUACGCGUAUUAACCGUUUGCGAAAAAAACAGAAAAAUAUUUUGGAUUUAAAAAAAAAAAAAGAAAAAGAGGAACGAGAAAGAGCUCGCAUGGAAAAAUGUCGGAAGCUGUAAACACGCCAGAUUACAUUUUCCGAAUUUCCGAAAGAGAGACUCCUCUCGCGCGCGUCUAUCUCACGAAACGAGAGGCACACACACACACACACACACACACAUACACACAGACAUUCUAUUUGGCGUAUAUUGCAUUCGCCCGCUACCACCGACGCGUAUCGACUUUUACAUCCACACACACACACACACAUACACACACGCGCAUUCAUGUAUCUUCGAUGCGACGAUAGUGAAACCGUGCAUGUAUAGACGCGCGAUCGCGCGCGCGUGUAAAUCGAGAAAUUAUAACGCUUCGCGGGGCGAGAACGCUCGUGUCAUUCGUCUGAUCCUACGUUUUUAGCUCGCCUUCCCUUUUCGCUCGCGCGCGCGCAAGAAGCAGCAAAUGGAAAUGUAAAAGGAAAAUAAAUAAACACAUUAAUCUUACAGCGAUUCAUAUGGAACUAGAUUUAGCGAUGCGGCAAAAAUUUUCCCUUAGGGACGAAAACUACUCGCUAAUGAAAUUUGAUGCAAUUUUUAAUUAACGCAAUAUGUAAAAAUAAUAUCCCCGAUAUCAUAUAACUGAUAUUUUAUUGAUAAUUUGAUUGAUUGAUUUUAUUGAAACGAAUUCAAAUUCGUUUCUCAUUUUCUAUUUUUCCAUAUUCAAAUGAUCUGAGAUAUCGGAAUUGAAAGCUUAUCAUUAUAAGCUAUAGAAAGUAUAUUAAACGUUUGUAAAAUAUAUAUGUGACAUAUCUCUCAUAAAGUGUACUAACAAUAAGCGCGAUCACUCCAGAGAGCUUCGUUAUUAUUUCUCUUUAUAUAUGCGCGAUGCUGAAAAGAAGAUAAAGGAAUAGCGUAGUAAUGAUAUAAUCGGACGUUAACAAUAAAAAAGAAAAAAAAAGAUGCACGACGGCGGUGUAAUGAGUGAAAUAAUCAACUACUUAUUAGCUAGGCCGUAAUGGAAUAUCACUACGUGCCGACUAAAUUCCCUCCCAUCGCAGAUUGAUUGUGUGUUAACUAAUAAGAUUAAAUAACGAUAUAGUACAGUUAAGGAAUUUAAUUAUUAUGGAUAAAUAAAUAAAAAAAAAAAUACUAUCUGUAUGCUAAGCACACACGUUUCAAGCCAUAACGUGACGUAUGGCUAAGGCAAUGUUUAUGAUUUAAAGGAGUUUUUAAUUUUAACGUGACACACUGAAGUUAUUCGGCGCGUCUGCACCGCGACGCACAGAAACGUCAAAUUAUCUUGUUAACUCUGCAAACUGAAAGAUUGUUCAAGACAAAAAAAAAUGAAGUAUUAGCAAUAGUAUAAUAAUUAUACACACACACACACGUACACGAUACAAGAUCACGCGCGGCCGCAUAUACACGCUGCACAGGCUAGGAAAAAUGAAAUACUAUCUAUAACGACAUUAUAAAUAAAUAUUAAGACGUCAACUGUAUUUGUUUAAUAAAGAUGUACAUUCGA